AGGCUGUGAGGGACAGACAGAGAGGGGAGUGAUUGAGAACUAAAUUCUGUGUAUGUCCCUGCAGCUGACCACAACUUAGAGAGAGACUUGAGCUGUAUCCAUUUGCAUGUUGUUAUUUUGCUUUAGGUUUUUCCCACUCCCUCUUUUUCUAAGAUCGCCCACCCUUUCUUCCUCUCCAAGUCCCAGAGCCAGAGGAGGAGAAAACAUCUGGAUUUUGUUUCCCACUCAGAAGAGGGGGAAGGAGUUAGGAAAAGUGAGAGAGAGAGAAAUGGGUGUAUUGAUACCCCCCACUCUUGUGCCUUGGAAGUGGGAUAGGGUAGGCUGAGGAGGAUUUGAGAUGCUGAUUUGGACCAGGAAGGAUUCCUAUAGAAGAAGACCCGUUUAUCAGUUUUACUUUGGAGUGUUCAUUCUUCUCUCCUGGAUCUCUGGUUGUGGUUCGGACACUCUCUUCAGAGAGAUACAUUUGGGGAUUUACAGGUGCCAUUGAGAAGUUUGGAUCAGAGAGGUAGAGCUCAUUGCCUCCCUUCUCUCAAUGCUUCUUCAGCUGGGAAACUAUUAAGACGUCUGCUGUCUCAGUGAUGCAGAUUCAUUUUCAUUUUAACAGCCGUGGCUCCGUGGGCGUCGAGCUGUGGACACCCACGGGUAUUACAGUAAAAUCUGCUGUCACCAGAGUACUUCAGAUCACACCUAGCAAGCACACCGAUAACAGGGAAUAACUGAAUUACAAAGAUUUCUCCAGAAGAGAGAGAAUGAGAAGAGAAGGUGUUGAUCCCUAAUAUCAGGGAACCAGGAAGAUACAAAUAGAACCAUAUUUUCCUGGUCACCCACAAAGUCAGGAUGAGCAGCAUCUAUAAGGACUACCUGAACCGGAAUAAGACUGUAGAACAUUACAACUAUACAAUGAAGAUGACGGGCAGAGAAAAGUCAUCCCGUUCAAUUAUCUCAAUAAUUUUCAUUAUUAUCUGCUGUAUUAUAAUCUUGGAAAACUUACUAGUUCUCAUAUCAGUAUGGCGCAACAAAAAGUUCCACUCUCCUAUGUUCUUCUUUAUUGGAAACUUGGCUUUCUCAGACUUUCUCACCGGAUGUGCCUACAUUGCCAACAUUUUGCUGUCUGGUUCAUUCACCUUGGAGCUUACUCCUGUGGAGUGGUUUAUUCGUGAGGGCUCAGCUUUCACAACUCUUGCUGCUUCUGUCUUCAGUUUAUUAGCCAUAGCGAUUGAACGGCAUGUGGCAAUUGUCAAAGUAAAGGUCUACAGCCGAGACAGAAACUGUCGUAUGAUCUUCCUGAUUGGGGCUUGCUGGGUCAUCGCAAUGGUCAUGGGAGGUAUGCCCAUCAUAGGUUGGAACUGCAUCAAUAAGUUUAGUGAGUGCUCUAGAGUUUUUCCUCUCUACUCCAAAAAAUACAUCCUUUUUGUAGUUACCAUAUUUACUAUCAUACUCUUAGCUAUUGUUGUUUUGUAUGUUCGUAUAUAUUGUAUAGUUAAAUCUAGCCAUGCUGAAAUAGCAGCCCCGCAAACACUUGCACUUUUGAAAACUGUGACAAUAGUUCUUGGGGUAUUUAUUAUUUGCUGGUUGCCAGCGUUCAUUAUUCUUCUCCUGGAUGUCUCUUGCAAAGAGAAAACAUGCUGGAUACUCUACAAAGCCGAUUACUUUUUUGGACUGGCGACCUUGAAUUCGGCCUUGAACCCUAUCAUCUACACGCUGAGAAGCAAAGAUAUGAGAAAAGAGUUUCUAAGGGUGCUCUGCUGCUGGAGUUAUCUUCAAAAGAGCAAGACUCCUGACAGAUGCAUGUUACAACUACGUAGCUCCAGCUCUCUGGAAAGAUAUACACAAAAACAUGACCUUCCCACUUCACCUAUCAUAAAAAAGGACUGUACAACAUUUGUAUGAUUAUAAAAGGAAAAAUGUCAAGGGACACUGAUUAUGACGGUUACCUAAAAAGUAUCUUAAGUUUGUGUCAUCCAUGUGAUGUCGAAAAAAGAGGAGUUUGGGUUAUCAAACACAUCCGAUUGACAGUAACGGUUUAAUGAUGGCCUUUAGAUACAUUUACUUCUAGUUUCCAGCUAAGUUUGAAGGUUUAAACCAGGGGUGGGAAACUUCGGCCCUCCGGAUGUUUUGGACUACAUCUCCCUUGAUGAUUUGCCAGCAUUAUGGCUGUCAGAGCAUUAUGGAAGAUGUAGUCCAAAACAUCUGGAAGGCCAAAGGUUCCCCAAUCUUGGUAAACCAUCCACGCAAGAAACUAGUAUUUACAUAGAACUUGCUAUUCCCUUAAAACUAUCAAGCAUGACAAACAGCACUCUACGUAUUGUGUCUCUGGUGAACAAAGCUGUAUAGCAAAACCAAAUUAAAUUUGUUAAAGUGUUAUCAGCUAUGGGUUGGCUUUAUGUGGAAGUGCUAGAUAUAUAGUAUUUUACAUUUCAAUACAAUAAAAUAAAUGUAUAAAGUAAGGCAGGUGUGUAUGCAAACAAUAUAAAGUUCAAACUGAACUGAAUACCAGCAAAAUAUUUAUUUUUCUUUUUUUUUUUUAGAUUCUCUAUUAUUGUGCCAAAAAUAAAUGAAGUUCUAAACCUGCAGUAGUAAGGUGCCAUAUGUAUUAAAUCAAGCCCAAUAUGCUUUAAUUUGGGGGUCCAGCAUAUUCUGACUGUAACAAUUCACAUAUGUAUAUAAUUUAGCAUUUUCUAAUUGGUUUAUAGUAUUGCAGUUGCCUUGUUUAUCACAAUGUUUGGCUUAUUCUGAAAGUGUGUCCCAGGAAUGUUUGGAGAGCUUUACACUAGAACAGAAUUUUUUUUAGUAUAACAUUUUAGUAACUGUAUUUGUUGUAGCAUCCCCAAUAUAAGAUGUGCCUAGUUCUGUCUCCCUUUUCAGAUAAUUCUCCCAAAUGUCCCCUGCACAUGUACACACGUUCUGAGGGUGCUGUUGGCACAUAUAACUGUGACAUCACUGCAGAACAAUAAAUAGAU